UGUAAGGAAAAACAUAAAAAUUGAAACUAAAAGCAGACGUGCCUCAGCAGACGUGUACUACGUGGAAAGGCCAACUUUUUGCGGCGCAACCAGGCGCUGUGAACGCGGGCCAAACCAAAACCUAGCGCGGGGAUUGUAUUAUAAAAGGUUGACUGUGCUGCAGUCGAUAGCAUUGGCUGCUACUCGUUUAUAAGCUGUCUUCAAGCAACCUGAAGUCCUCGAAUACGUUUCGGAGCGGCCCGCUUUGCUAAUUGCUGCGAACGCCUUGAUUAUCCCGGUGUACGUGUUUCGCAUUCCGCGCGCUAGGGGGCCGUGCGUCUCUUCUUUUUCCCUCCGCUUCUGCUACGCUCUCGGCGGCGGCCGGCACGGAGCUUUUUUCCGCUCUUGCUUGUUGACGACGACAGCGGAGCCGGCCAACGCAGCAUCGCACUUGGUGUGGGCGUUACGUCGAAGUACUUUACAAGACGCCCGGAAUCUGCACUUUUUUUUUUCGCGCUCAUUGAUUUCGUUUCUACGGUAACGACAGGGUCAGUUUCAGCUCGGCGUGGUUUCUCCGUGCGCCCGAUGCACUUGCUAUUUCCGGCGCUGUGUCCGUAGUAGUCGUGUAGUGUAGUGAGCGUAUCUACUUUCUUCGUACCGAGUGACCGACGAGUGAGUGAGUGCCCCGUAUAGCAGCAGCAGCAGCAGGAGCAUAAGCAACAUGUCGACGACACCGGACCUGUUGCCGGCCGAAGCGCCGGCGCCGAGGCUCUGCCACCUGAUCAAGAUCCCCACGUUCGACGGAUACGGAUUCAACCUGCACGCCGAGAAGUCGCGGCCGGGUCAGUUCAUCGGCAAAGUGGACAGCGGCAGUCCCGCCGAGCUGGCCGGCAUGCUCGAAGGGGACCGCAUCGUCGAGGUGAACGGCGUGAACAUAGCUAGCGAAAGCCACAAGCAGGUCGUCGAGCGGAUCCGGGCCGUGCCGAACGAGACCCGCCUGCUCGUGGUGGAUAGCGUGACGGACGCGUGGUACACCGAGCACAAGCUGGUGCCCCGCUCGACACAGGAUAACGUGCGCUACAUUCGGACUCCCACCGGCGACGACGACGUCGACGGAGGGUUGCAGGCGCCCAACGGACACCACACGCCACAGGAGACGGCCGCCGAGGAGCAGCAGACUGCAUCGCUUCCGUCUGCAAAGGAGGAACCAGAGGAGCCCGAGAAGGCGACCGUUGAGGGCGACGUGGCGGCGGCGAAGGCGGAGGCCGAGAUGCUGCCCGAGGACGCCCCGCAGCCGCGCCUCUGCCACAUGACCAAGUGGCGCGACUUCGAGGGCUACGGCUUCAACCUGCACGCCGAAAAGGACCGGCGGGGCCAGUACGUGGGCAAGAUCGACGCCGGCAGCCCCGCCGAGUACGCGGGGCUGCGCGAGGGCGACCGCAUCGUCGAGGUGAACGGCGUCAACGUCCAGCAGGAGGCGCACCGCGACAUCGUGGAGCGCAUCCGCGCCGUGCCCGACGAGACGCGGCUGCUCGUGCUCACGGCCGAGGGCGAGCAGUGGUACCGCGACCGGGACAUCGAGGUACGUGGUGACCAAGCCAAUGUGUUGCGGCUCCGCAACCCAGAGCUCAACCCUGCUACCAGUGGAGAAGGGCAAGGUGAUGGAGCUGUGGCUGCUGUAGCCGAUGGCAGCGAGGGUUCCCAGGAGGAUGAAGCAGCCCAGUCAGCUCCCACACCUGUCCUGAGGCGGCAGAGUGGCUUGGAAGGAAAGGAGGAUGCAGAAGAGGAGGAAAGCCGAUCCUCGGAGCCUGAACCUGUACCAGCAAAAGCAGAGGUGUCUGCAAGAGAGGAGGCAAAUGGUGCUGGUGACAAGCUGACAGAGAGCCUCGUCACCGGAACGAAUCAAAUAGACUCAAGCCCUGAAGCCAAGGUCGCACCACCGACAGAGCCUGCACCAUCAGAACCAGCCAAUGCCACGAGCAACGGCUCUCUCAACAUGCUCAACAUGAGCGCCUCCGAAAUGCGGCAGCUGCUGGCGCAGCGCAAAAAGCACGACCCCAAAAAGAUCCAGAUGGACCUGAAGAAAAAGUAUGAGCUCAUCGAGCAGAUGUGAGCCGGUUGUGCCUUCCGUCGAACGACGCCAUUAGUUGGGUGUGGCUGGUCCCAGCACACUUUUUGUGUGCGAGUGUAAUAGAUGUUUUUUUUUUCUCAUUUUUAUCUAGGAGCUGGGAGGGUUGUGUGCCUGGGCGAAUGUGCAAGAAAUCGCGCAACUCUGGAUUCACUGUUAUCUGCCGUACUUGUAUGAGGCGCCGAUUGAAUUUUUCUUUUCAUAAUGAUGAUUUCGGUGCUGUUGACAAAGGAAUGUGGCAUCCAAAUGGGAGAGAAGAACUUUGGAAUUUGGCAGCAUUGACAUGUUGCUGAUAUAGGUGCUGUCAAUAAAAAAAUUAACGCUUUCUCUGCAUGUGUGACGGGAUAACUGUUCAUAUUGGCAAUGGAUUUCGCUUUGUUACACCAUGUGGCUACUCAGGAACUUGGCAAGAAUUAUUUCUGAUAACAAUGUUGUAAAGCUAUUGUUUCUGGUUGAACAGCAGUUGUCCGAGUCGGGAGGACUGUAUUGAAAACUCUCUGUUCAGCUAAUUAACCAUAUUGUAAUUAGUUGCAGAAUACUGGUAUAUGUCACCGGUAAAGUCAAUAUUUUCCCACUGAUCACUUUUUCUGUGUGAAGUGGCUUUUGCAAGUGACUUUUCUGUGUCAAAUGUGAUGUGGUGCUUCUUCACAGAACAAUUAAUUUUCCUUCAUAUCCUCCGUUCUGUGAUGCUGCCUUUGACUUGAAAUUGAGGGCUGUGCUUGGCAUGGGCAUUCCCUUGGACUUUUGGCAAACUUAUUGUGGUCUCAUGAAAUCCUUGUUGCAUGGGCUCUUAAAAUUUUUGCUAAAAUCCUAAGUUGUUGAGGUAAUCAUUGUAUUUAGAAGGCACAUCGUUUGUAGGAGAUGAAGAAUGUUAUUGGUGCAUUCGUUUCAUUGCGUGUUGCACAUGUUACCACAUUCCAGACGUUACGUAUAUGUUAUAGACUAGACGUGGAUAGAUAACGAAACUGAUUUCCAUUACCGAGUUGUUCAUAAUGUAAACGGCUUGAUUUACGCAAGUAUUGAACAUGUGCUUCAGCAUGUAAAAGAUGUUGACUCGGUGAACAACGUGUGGAUGAAAAUUCACCUUAGAAUGAAGUUCCGAUCAGAUGGUUACAUUUUGCACAUUGCUGCAUGCAUUUGUGUGUUGACUGUAGAAAGCUAUUCCUGGUGAACUUGCGUACUCACUAUGGAGGCUGGGCUGCAACUACAACAACAAAGUUAACUUUAGCAUUUUGUCUUUUGAAGCUGUAGAGGUGCUAUAAUAAAAUGUCGUUCACAUUUCCACGACAGGCACUUUAUUUAGGAUGCCUGCUGGACAUGCUGAAAUAGCAUGUCCAGCACAGAACAACUUUAAGGCUGUUCUGUGUAAAGGUUGCUCAUAUUUGGUAUCUACGAAGCCAAAGCUUGAACAUUUCAGAAGUGGUUGAUGUACAGUUGGUGUAAAAAGCUUGCGGGAUGCAGGAUACACGAAAAUGCAAUUUCAGCCCAGUUUUUGGAAGUUUACAUUAAUGCAUGUAACAAAUCUAAAGGCCAGGCUGCAUGCUCGUGCUCGGGAAAGAUUUCACUUUUUCUUAGAUUCUGCAUCCCAUAAAACUUCUGACAAACACUGCACUUCUUGAGUAACACAUUGAUCAGCCUUCCAUUGCUCAUUAUCACUGUGAUGUGCGUCUGGAAUUUCAAGACAGCCCCUUCUGAUUUUUCCAGUCUAGGUGAUGUAGGGGAUUCUUCUAAUUUGCGAGCAAGUUUGCUAAUGAAAGGCGUUGGUUGGUUUCAAUUGAAAGCAUUAAAUCACAUAGAAAGUGGCAGUGACACUUGUAAUAUAAGAGCCUUCCCUGUGCCUUAGGUAGUCUUUCACAGCACAUAAAUGCCAAUGCAUUUAGUGACAAACAAGUGCCUUCAAAUAUUGCCAGCUGUAGUAGCAUCACAGGAUCUUGUAGCCAAAGCAUAAAAUUUUUGAAGCCACUGCGGUUUGCCUCAUUCUGAUGAGACACCAAGGUUGUGUGUGGUUGUUACACAUUUUUGAUUGUGAAAGAGUACUUCAGAAUUUGCAUUUAUGUCUACUGUGUGUGACAGGUUUGACAUUCGUGCAAGGUACCGACGGGAAGGGAAACACCUGAGUUGGAUUCAAGGCUGUCUAUUGUAGUCUUCACUCUGAAAUCAAAAUGUUACCAUGAUGCAUAUCCUUCGGCAUGUGAGCUAUUCAGCAAGUGUCCAAUAGCAAUGUUCGAACCUGCGCACCUGCUUUAGUCAUUACUUGAAUACUGGAUUGGGUGUUUCCUUUCACAUUGGUGCACCUUGUAGGUGCAUAAUGUUAUGGUUGAUUUGUUGGAUGACACUGAAUUUUCUAACAUGUACAAUUGCGCGAUUGAAGCGGUGAAAAAAGUGGUAGUAUUAAAGUUUCUGCCGUCAAGAACUACGGUGAGCAUCAUUUUCUAUGUGGGCCUUUUAUUUCUGUAUGAAAACUAUUGUAUUUGCAUGGAACUAUUAAUUUGUACAAGUUCUUUGCGCACGUUGAGCAUUGUGUGUGUGCAACAAUAAGAUCAAAGCUGAACAAUAUUUACACAUUCCUUUCUUUCUAUGUGCGUUGUAUAACCGGACAAAGUACUUUGAACAUGUAUUUUAUAUGUAACAGCGUUAAAGCUUUGGACCUGUUUUUCGAAAUAUUUUCUAUUUUUAUACCUGAUUGUCUUUAGAGCAUUUUUUUGAUGCCGGAUGCUGAAUUUUGGUGCACUUGUAUUUUCUUUCACAGAAGCCUUUUCGGACAUUAUUGGACAUCAUUUUUCGGUCAAACCUAUUUUUGAUGCAACAGCCACUUCUGGAAGUGCUGUUUCUGACCGCACGCCAACAUUCCUUUUGUUUGCUUCGAGAGAAGGGUUUUCAUUGUUUUUAUGGUGUACUUGUGUGAGUGUACUGAAACAGUGGCUUGAUUUUGUUGUGAACUGUGUGUCAUGCUCUGCAGUUGCACCAUCUCAUCAUAUCUGUGAGAUGAAUGUUACUCGGAGUUUGAUCUAGUUUUGUUUAAUAUGUGUUUAUACUAUUAAAACUGAACUUCUCACAAGGUGUUUGAGCUGUUUAGAAUCCAAUUUCGGUUCAGCUACAGUGCACCGAGAUUGCUGCCAGCUCAACAACAUAAUUUGAUGGCACCCUGUAUUCUCUUACAGUUUUUUUUUUUUUAAUAUUUGCUUCCACGAGGUGGCCACAGCCCUCAUUGUGGCCGGGGGUUGGGCCACGUUAGUGCACUGUUUUUAAGCACUUUGCUCUCCAUAAGUGGCUGAACAAUUUUUGUGGCGUCUUGCUGACAAGAAAUCCCUCCUUGUGGGGCAUCACCAAGUGCCUUUAGCUAAUCCCGAAUCAGAUUGACCUCUCCUGUCGCGGACUGUGAAAUGGAAGACUUAAUUUUGCUGGCGGUGUCUUUUCAAAUACCAGCAAUAAAAGUUUAUUGAACAA